UCAUACACUCACUCCAUAGAGACACUCAGCCUUUUGGACUAUGGCCUCCAGCACGUCCGGAGAUGUGAUGCCCACAGGUGGACGGAUCUUCACCACCUUCCCAGAUGUCCUCUUCCUCCCAGAGUUUGUGUUUGGGGGUCUGGUGUGGAUCCUGGUGGCCUGCACUCAUGUGGACCCCCGAAACCCUCUGGGCUGGGUCAUGUUUGUGUCCGUUUUCUGCUUUGUCAUCACAACUCUCUGGUUCUUCAUCUUUUUGUGUGGAGCCAAUCAGAGCAGCGUGUGGCCAGGACUGGAUACAGGCUAUCAUUUUGUGGCGAUAGUGUUCUAUCUGAGUGCGUCUGUGAUCCUGGCCUUUAUCACUUUAGCUGCAGGAGACGCCUACAAACUGGCUAGUGCAGCCGGAUUUCCCACUGACUUGUUACUCAAAAACUACAGACUGGACAUCUCCGCUGUGGUGAUGUCUUAUGUGGCCACUCUCCUCUAUUUCAUCCACGCAAUUUUCUCUGCCCUGCGAUGGAGGAGGUCCUAGAAAUACAAUGCAAUCUUCUUGUUAGAAAUGAUAGAAUUUCUCGUUUAAAUAUUAAUAUUAUUCAGUAAAAAUUUUUUUCUCUGGAAUAUAUUUUUUUCUGUGUUAAUCAAAUAAAACAAAAUAUCAAAUUUGUAUUUCUACACCAAAAAUAAAUUGAUUAAUCUAUUAUUAGGAUGUACAACUAGUAAAAGGGCACUGAUGGGCUUCUGCUCACAUGGAGUUUAUAUUGUGUGAUUUAUAUGUGCAAUGAUAUGAUAGGUAAUAGCAACUUCAGCGUUCAAAGUCAUAUGAGCCUCUUAAUGUUAAAGGUGCAUUGUGUACCUUUUCUGGUGGAGGGUCUGUCAAAAGCUUUUCUUCAUGGAGAUGUUCAUCUUCAAAAAGACCAAACCAGUCCAAGUUACAGGUCAGAUCUGUGGAGAGGCAACCCCGCUCACAGUGAGAAUGCCUUUUUUUCUAGAUUUUUUCAGCUAUAAAACCAUUUUCAAUUGUAUAAAUGUAAGCUAGAGCUGUUUAAUGUCAUGCUGUGGAACAUUCCAGGUAGAGCAGUUACAUAUCCACAAGAACAAACAGGUGUCGGACCUUUAACCAAAAAGUUACACAGUGAUUUAAAUCUUGAAUAUUAUAUAAAACACUUUCACUAAUAAAAGGCACUCAUUUUAUAAA